AUGAAGUUUUCGCUCAUCUCCAUCUUGGCCACUGGGUUUCCUGCUGCAGUGGUUGCUGCGCCGACAUUCCAGGAGAAUGUAAUGGCAAAGCGUGCCUCUGUUGAGGACUACGCCAUUGGCGUGGACAAGAGAGAUGCCGUCGAGGACUACGUCAUUGGCGUGGACAAGAGAGAUGCCGUCGAGGACUACGUUAUUGGCGUGGACAAGAGAGAUGCCGUCGAGGACUACGUCAUUGGCGUGGACAAGAGGGAUGCCGUCGAGGACUACGCCAUUGGCGUGGACAAGAGGGAUGCCGUCGAGGACUACGUCAUUGGCGUGGACAAGAGGGAUGCCGUCGAGGACUACGUCAUUGGCGUGGACAAGAGGGAUGCCGUCGAGGACUACGCCAUUGGCGUCAAUAAGUGA